AGUCCGCGGCGCCAAUGUCACUACUUAAACAAGCGAGCAGACUGGCUUCGAGUCGCGCAAGUUCCACAUCUCCAACAAUGACUGACCAUACCGCGUGGGUGACAUCGUACAAUAUCCUCAGCAGCCACCUGUGCGAACCCUCGCACUUCCAAGCCUGCGAAACUGAACAUCUGAACCAACGCAAUCGUAUCAAAAAAAUCCUCGCUAAACUCACGCCGGAGAUUGAAAAGAAAAGCAUCAUAUGCUUGCAAGAGGUCAGCCGUACAUAUGCCGGCGAUCUGCAUGUAUAUUUUGCUGAGCGAGGCUACCACUUUGUAACUGGUUUGUACGGCAGGAAGUUCAAUGACUUCAUGGGCGUUGGUACCGCAUGGCCGGUCGAUGAAUACGAAAGCCUGAACGUAAACACUAAGAAGCUAGCAGACACAGUUAAGUGGGGUAAAGAACCCGAACCAGGACUAGUCUAUAACUCUUGCACUAGGGUUUUGAGCUUAGCCACGUGGCCACUGAGACAAGUAACGCCCAAAAGUUUUUGGUCGCCACCAGAUGACCCAUGGUA